AUGGUCAAGGGCAAGCACAAGAAGAAGAAGAGUUUUCUUCAAACGGCGCGAGACGCUGCAGAAGAAAACACCAUGGAUACGCCUCCGCCACCAGAGCCUUACAGCGAUCCAGAGAUCGAAGAAUACACCCAACGCGAGACAAGCCCCUACAGCACAGAAACUAUAUUCCUCUACAUUGGCUCUUCCGAAUAUAGCGUGCCGGAAUACUAUCUCAGACAAUAUUCGCAGUUGAGUUCCCGCUCAGGCAGCGCCCAAAUUUUGGAAAGUGUUGACCCGGACAUUGGGCACACCCUCGUACACUAUCUCUACACCGGGACCUACGAAACACUCAGAUGCUCGAGUUCAGAAGGACCUCGAAGGGCAAUUGAGUUCCGACGAAGUGUCCACGUGUACCAUGCCGCACGGAUGUAUGAGAUAGAUGGCUUAGUGCAGUAUGCGAAGGAAUACAUGCGUCGUUUUGACGAUGCAGCCACCUUAUUUGACAUUCUGGACGUUGGGAGAGAAGUCUUUUCGAAGCUUCCUGAGGAUGAAACCUGGUUCCAGGAGUACAUUGAGGAGAAAAUGAAUUCUGCGUUGGAGGCCGAUCAGGAGAGUUUCAAAGACAAUCUCCUUCGAUACGGGAUAGGACGGGAUAUUCGUUUUGAUCCAUUGAUUUUACGGAUCCUUUUGGACACGUUUAUCCAGGGACAUGAGGCGUCUCCCAAAGCCGCUGUCGACGAUGGAUCUAUGGUCUCCCGCUGUGAGUCUCCGCAGGUGGAACAUGAAGACCAUUUGGAGCCUCCGGAACAACCGAUUGAGGAGGUUCCGGUUGAGAUGGACUACGUUCCGGAGCCCGUCGAUGAGCCUGAUCCUGAAGUGGCAGACGAGACGUCUCCUAUCGAUGCUUCUCCUCCUCCCGAAGAAGUAGUCGAAGAGCAUCGCGAGAAUGGGAAAUUUUAUCCGCGAUAUCAGGUAUUCUAUGGGCGCCGAUCUUACAAUUAG